AAGUGGUGCGCCUACGCCUCAUUUUCCUUUAGGAACUGCCAGUGACAUAGGAGGCCCAGACUCAUAAACCACGCUAUUCACACAUUAGUGAACUAAUGCCUUUUGAUUAGCUUUCCUAACCUGCUCCGUCACUGGUAUCUAGCUAUCAUCAAUUUAGCAGACAAUAUCUAAGCAAAAUGCGACUCGACGAACCAUUGAAGAACCGGAGGCUUAAGAUCCUGUGUCUCCACGGAACAGGGACGAACAGCGAGGUUUUUGAGGCACAGACGGCUGCUCUGAGAUAUCAACUUGGGGAAACCUUUGAGUAUGACUUUGUUGACGGCGAGUACCACUGCUCUGCGGCCCGUGGUAUCAGUGAGAUUUUUGGCGACGAUCAGAUUUAUUACUCCUAUUUUGAUGGUUCGGCGGAUAGUGCCAUGAAGGCUACUCGAGACCUCCUCGCUUAUACAGACGAGAACGGUCCAUUUGACGCAGUAAUGGGAUUUUCCCUCGGCGCCGCUCUGGCAGUCAUGCUACUGCUUCAUGUGAAUCAGCUCCAGGCCGCUGGGGAACAAAUCCCGGUCCGUUUACCAUUCAAAUGCGCCAUCCUUCUGUGUGGGGUAUUGCCCUAUAGCCUGACUGAACUGCAGAGGGGACAGAAAAAACUGCUCCACCCUGAGGAGACUGGUGCCAUCAUUCGAAUUCCCACUGUUCAUGCCUGGAGUCCAAACGAUGUGGACUAUCCCGGACAUAGCCGCCUGCUGAUGCAGAUGUGUGAUCCCGCCAAACGGGUUGACAUAGCACACUGCGUGGGACACGGCGUACCCAGCCGGGGAGAAGAGUUGAUCAAGCUGGCGCAGGCAAUUUGCAGCGCAGUGGGAGGUAUUAGCGAGCUCGAUAUGUAACGUCGGAUGAAGACGGAAUCGUGCUGCAGCAGGUAGAAGGGAUGAUCUCAGGACGCCUAUAGUUUGUUGAAACGUGAUUCGCAUGUAGUCUACCUUUUUUAGGGUGUGGCAUGGUGUACGUACAUAUAUGGACCCCACGAGCAAGCGGUAGGAGGAGGUUCCUGGUCUUAGA